AUGUCUAUAGCAGUGGACAGAUCUUUAAUGGCUCUUUCUCUAGACGAAGAAGAAGAGGCUCUGUUGACCAUGCUGGACCUUCCAGAGUUCAGUUCUACAGAAGAAAACACCCUUAGUCUUAUGGGAAGAGCUCUCAAUCCGGAGUGUCAGCGGAUGUCUGGUCUUAUUAUAACUAUGCCAAGGAAGUGGCAGAAAGAAGGAAGAGUUAGGGGUGUAGCUUUGUUUCGUGAGAAGUUUCAGUUCAUUUUCAAAUCAGAGCAUGACCUUGAGGAUAUCAGUCAGAUUCCGGUUAACUAUUAUAACAUGAAAGCGUUAUCGACCUUGGGUGAUCUAGUUGGAAAAACGAAAGUGGUUGCUUUUGAUCCUACAAAGCCUAUAACUCAGGCGUUUGUGAGGGUUCAGGUUUUACUAAACGUUGCUCAUCCUCUGAAGAAAUUUAGAGUUCUUAAUCUUAGUGGAGGAAAAACUGCUACCAUCCUCUUUCACUAUGAGAAGGUUCAUAAACGGUGCUUCACUUGUCAGCGUUUGAAUCAUGAGAAGAGUGUUUGUCCUUUGGAGGUUAGGAAGAGACAUGAAGAAGCUACUCUGAGAAGAGAUAGGAGGGUAGAGGAUUUGAGUAAAGUCUUGCCGACUUUGAACAGAGAAGAUCCACUCUUUGGUGUGCUAGAAUAA